UCAUCGUAAAACGAAAGCGAGAGAACAACAACGAAAGGAGAACGUCGAAAAAUGUAGACGGCAAGUCUUAUUCGCCGUUGAAGGUAUACGAGAAACCUUAUCUUCUAUCCCUUAUUUUGAUUGUUUUAACAGCGAUAAGAGAUCUGAUAUCAACUCGACAAAUUUUUUCACAGAUCUUCAGUUUUUACGUCAUAGACACAUUUUGACCGCAACGCGUUUUCCCGUAGGGCGAGACACACUUUCCCUUUUCCUUUCCGCGGAAGUGAAGAUGGUCAGCUGCGAGAGAAUCGUCUAUUACACGGCGUCCGAUCGCACGACUCCUCUUCGCGGCUCUUCUUUUCAAAAUGGUCGUGCGCUCGUGCGUGCGCUUCUUGGAGAGAUCGGUGCGGUUAACCUCUUCGAGAUUAAUCGUUCCUGGUUGCGUCCUACACUCCGUUAGAUGGGACGUGAAACAUAGGACGUAUACGCGACGAUUACAAUAUUUAGUACUGCUCUCUAAACAGUUGGAGCAAUUCUUACGUCUCUUCUGAAUUGUUCUCGAUAUAUGUAUAUCUGUAACAAGGUAGGUAAAGUGGUUUGGUUGAUCUUAAACGACGGAUGAUAAAAUUGCCAUUUCCUAUGGACAUGGGAAAAGAGAUUGGCAGUUGGCGAGAAAGGAAAGGUAAUAACGUCGUGGCAGAGGAAUGUGAAAUCCUCGUUUGCAAGCUGCUCACGAAUAAGAGCUAGAUCCAUAUCAUCGUGCACCGAGCCACCUCCCGUUCUCCGUUAGCAGAAGCUAUUGUUCUCUUUAAAAUCGGACGUCGCCGAACAACAACAUUUACCUUUCGCGGACGAGAAAGAGUGGACCCCGUCGAUGGAAAUCGUCGAAUCGAUGUUCGAUCGGCGGUCGUUUAUCGCGCGUACAAAGGAUCUAUUUGAAAGAUUAUUUAAAAGAUUAUUCGAUCGUUUGCAAUUUACAGCGUCAUGUUACUGGGUCGUACGCGGAGGCAUUCUCGAUCUUCGAAACUUAACCGUUUAUACAGAUAGAUAAUAUACAUCGCAGUUCAACGAUAUUAUCGAAGCGAAGCACGAUCGGGAAGCGUGCGACGUCCGGUCCGUUUGAUCGUCCAACGUGUAACUUCCCGGCCGGUCGCGAUCAUGGUAGCGGAGCUCACUGACAUUUAUACGACGAACGUCGAGCGGAAAGCAGUUGGCGAUACUCGCGAUAGACUUUGGAGAAGACCGAAAUGGAUCGAGACUGCGACCCGUGAACCGAUUUACAGCGUUCUCGACGUUAACGAGCCGGCGAGCGCGAGGGCGGACCACCUCGCAUCGGCUUGUCCCGAGAGAAACCCCCUCGUUGUCGUGAUAAGUGCGGUAAAGGACGUCUACGAGCCAAAGGCGCCGGAUCAAUGUCCCAAGUCGAUUAAAGGAUACGAUACGAAUGCGAUAAGAUUCGAUUUGGAGGAGGGCGCCGUUUAUAGCGUCGUUGAGAAGGGAAAAAAAGUGAAUCGAUCGAUAAGAUCGAUCGGUAAGACGCAACGCGACGAGGGAGCACAACGGUGGUUGCGUGUAACCUCCCGCCGAUCGCUGUCGGGGGCUAGUCGGCUUUACCGUUUCGACGAAAUGUACGACAACGAGAACGAUACCGAGGAUAGGAAGGACGACGGGGAGGAGAACGGGGAGGAGAACGGGCAGGAGAACGAGGAGGACGAUGAUAAAGAUUUCCAUCCUACCGUUAGCCAUUCGCGCCUAACUGCUGUAGCCGUUCCCAGAGGUAUCGUAGGUUUGGUCGGGCCGUAUAGAGUUUAUCAAAAUCCUAACGAGAAGAGAGAAUAUAUGCUUCGGGAGGAAGAACUCGUCGAGGAUAUUGUAGACUCUGUCAGCGACAUCGCCGUAUCACGGAAAAAUUGGUCGGGCGAACCGCAUCGAAGGGCAAAGUGGAAGAUAAGAGAAGACGACGAGGAAACCUUGGUUCCCGACAUUCGUCGUCUUCCCUCCUUUCAGGAAUAUGAGAUUAAUGGGCCAACGGAGGAACAAACCGACAAAGUCGGCUUGGAUAUGUCCGAAUGGAAGAUGGUCGAUGAGCGUUGCCUCGAGCACGAGACCGAAGAUUCAAAGUUUCGGAGCAACGGAUUUGUCGAGAAAGUCGAAGGAAUUCUUUCUGGUAAGGAAGAACGAAUUGCCGUUGCAGUUGCCGUUGACACGUCCGGAAUCUCUUCCGAGGACGCUCCGUCGAAUGAAGAAAAGGCGAGUAACGAACAGCAAGAUAAGGAUAGUUUGAACGAGACGGCAAGUACGGCGGGUGGCAACGUGGAGGGCGUACCCAGCGGUACCCCCGGCAGGGGUGAGAGGAACAAGGAAAAUGAAUCGGCAGCAGUGCAACUAUCUUCCUCUUCGCCGCCAUCGAGAUCUUUAGUAUCCAGGAUUCUUGCGAGGGCACGAUCGCCGAACGAUUUGCUCGACCAUACCGAGCCAUUUUCUCAAUUAUGGAUCGUUCUUUCCAACGUCUACGGGGAAUUGGUGAUAGUGUUAAUGAUGGCGCUUUGUUUAGCCGAAGUCAUGGAUACGCCUGUUCCUCUUCUCAGCUUGCAGGGUAUCUUUUUGAUGUAUCUAUAUGUCGGAAGUAUCGCCGUUAUCAUCGGCAUUUAUAUUUGGGUACUGUUCGAUAGCUGUGCAAGUCUUAACGGUACCAGAACUGGUAUAGAUGACGUGGAAAUUGGUGGCACUUCUAUUACGAGAUUCGGAUCGUUGAAACGUGCCCAUAUUUCUAGAGCUAGAACAGCACCCACAAGCUUUUACAUUCGCGUCGGUGCACUUCGUAAGUGGAAAAAUUUUUCUUUUCUCUUAAAGUUAAUGGCGCCCUUUCUCAGGGGCUUUAUAAGAAAAACAAAUCGACGAGUUGGAAACAUUUUUCAAGUGUUUGGAUUAGCCACUCUGGUCUUCAAUGGGCUAGAAAUGGCGAUGCACUCGAUGAUGCAAGGCGCUGAAUGCUUAAGCGACGUCGUUUUUGCGCAUCCUGUAUUGCACGGAUUAUUUACUUUUUUACAAAUGCAUUUUCUAUUCGUCAAUUCCCAGGUACUCGUCGAAAGAUUCGGUUUGGCCGCCAGAUUUGGAUUCACGCAUCUUGCAGCGACGAACAUCGCCGUCUGGGCGCGUCUCGUUAUUUGGGACUCUGCGCAAGAAUGGACUUAUUUCGUAUACUUGGCACAACGAGGAUCCCAAACCUCUGCAUCCACCUUGAAUCUUCGUGGAUUUCCCGGUUCUUUAACGAGACACUCGCGAGAUCUCUCGGUCGAUUCCACGCCUGAAGAUGGAUCGAUAUUCAAGCCGUACCGACCCAUUUCCAACGAACAAAUUUCCCAAGUUAUCGCCUUGCAAGAGUGUUUAAACACAAACACGCUCGGACAGUUGUGGACAUCGAGUUUACCAUUUCUUUAUCCCUUCAUCGUACAAUUUAGUUUAAUCGCAGCCGCCGUAACAUUCGUAAUGGGACAAAAUGUGGGCCGAAGUCGCGUACCGCUGAAACAAAAGUUUCACGGUGGUAAGGAUUUAACGAGCCACGCGAGGGUAGGUUGUGACGGAUCUAGCAAGGGUCUCUUCCUUGGAAUACUCUGCAUGGUGGCCGGUAUCGUAGUUAUAUUGAUCUUCCUAGUGGUUAGAGAGGACGAACAUUUCUCGACUGUGACUUUGUCAUGGUUGACGUGCGGUACCUUAAUCGGGAUUCUGGCAUUAAGCGGUUUGAUGACAUCCACCGGCUUGAUACAAAUUCGUCAAAUGCCUGUAGUAACGAGGGCACCCGCGGCCCUCGACAGUCUGCUCUCGAACGUAGCCAUUUUUGGCGUUCAACUUUAUUCUAUUUUCACCAUCGUGGUAUGCGCCUGUUCCUUGGCCCUACUCGAAGCAGAAACCGAGGAUGAAGAAGAAAACGACGAAGGUUCGUCCUUUUCUUUCGGCACAAGUGAAAAUGGAGGACAAGCGCAAGAAGGAAACGCAAGGCAGACGCGGGGAAGACACAUCAUGUUACUCUCGGCUUCGAUCUUGCAAUUGAUUCAAUGUUUCGCGCAAAGCACCUUGAUAGCCGAAACAUCAAGGAGAUCCUGCAUCACGCGAUUUCAAAUGUUAGCCAAGCCGGGUCGUCAGGUCAUCACUUUUCUUUUAUUUAGCAAUGCCGUUUUGUGGGCCUUCGAUACUGUAAUCACGCAAAACUGGAUAUCGCAAGAAUUGCAAUUACGAUUCUUCGGUGUUCUUGUUUGGGGCAUCCUAUCGAGAAUCGGCUUACCGUUAUUGAUAUUCUACCGAUUCCACAGUUGUGUACUUUUAUUAGAAGCCUGGAACAAAUGCUAUAGAACACCGCGCGGCGAGCAUCCGCUCAACUGACGGCACA